UAAUGAGACAAGUUCAGACUGCAUGCCAAAUACUAUAUGUUUCUUCAUCCAAUGGAUCACCUCCCAGUCUCCCAGAAUGCUAAAACACAACCUCUGUAUGUAUAUAUAUGUGUAUAUAGGCAAUGUUAUAUUCCAUCAUAUCCAUUCAAUACAAACUAGCUAUGGCUUCAUACAUUUGGGUUCAUCAUUUCUGGGUUUAUUUCUGCAUUUUGUUGGUCAUUGCCAGUGCACAGGCACCAGAAGCUUUGCCAUCUAAGCCACCCAAAAAUCCCAUUCCAGCACUGCCAAAAACAUCCUCGGAGCCUGGAAUUUCACCUUCCUCUAGCCCAACUGCCACCCCAACUAAUGCCCUGCCACCGUCUUCGCCGGUUGCUUCCCCAUUGCCGUUGGCCCCACAAGUUCCUUCCCCAAAAGUAUCCCCUGCACCACCACCAGUGCCACCACCGGCGUCUCCGGCCGCCCCCACACCACCACCGGCACCAAAACCAGUCCUACCGGCAGCACCACCUCCCGUGCACAAGCUAGAGAAACACUGUCACCGCCACUGGCAUCACCACUGGCACCACCACUGGCAUCACCACUGGCACCACCACUGGCACCAUUGUCAUCACCCACCACCCCCGCCACCAAGCCUACCAGCACCACCAGCAAUACAAGAAACUGAGGAUCUAGCACCAGCUCCCUCACCAUCUUUGAAUGGAGGAGUGCCGCCAUUACUGCUGAAGGGAGGAAGAUCUGGGUUGGCAUUUGCCAUUUUGAUGGCCAUUAUAUACUAGAAUGCUCAGAGCUUGACCGUCAAUCUGCAUCUAGCCAUGAACACAUACACAAGCUUUUUGCAUGAUUGAUUAUCUAUAUGCUUUCUAUAAAACAAUAACCAAUAAAUAAAUUAUCUUUGAUUCU